CAUCAUCUUUUCACAGAAAAAAGGAUUUCUCAAGCUCUACCCAUUGUUCCUCAACAAUUACAUGGUUUUUCAUCAUCAUCAUCAUCAUCAUCAUUCAGACCCCUUCAUUUUCUGCAAAUUUUCAAGUGAAUGAUCACUGUUUCUUCUAAACAGAUUUCUUGGAUUUUCUUUCCCUUCAUUUUUUGCAUUUUUAAUUAAAUUUCUGGGUUUUGGGUUUUAAAAUCUCACUCAAUAUUUUCUGGGUUUGUUUUAUUUUCAAGAAAAUCAAUAAGAUUUCUCUCCAAUUUGUUGUUUAAAAUUUAGUUUCUUAAUUUGUAGUUUAAAAUUUUCAGUUUGGAGAUGGAGGGGAGGGAAGGGAUGAACAAUAGUGGUGUUACUGUGGUGAGAUCAGAUGCUCCAUCGGACUAUCAUAUUGCUCCAAGAACUGAAGCUCCCACCACCGGAUCAACAGUUGUCACAACCCAAGUGGUUCUCUCUCCUGCUCCUCCGUCCACGGCGGUGCCUCCGCCGUUAGGCGUGAUGCCUUUGUCUAUGAAGAAGAAAAGAGGCAGGCCUAGAAAGUAUGGACCAGAUGGGUCUGUUACACAAGCUUUAUCUCCAAAACCCAUCUCAUCUGCCGGUUCUUCACCGGUGAUUGACUUCUCAUCGGGAAAAAGAGGCAAAAUCCGGCCACCCUCCGCCGGAAAACACCAUCAACAUUCAUCAAAGAUUGGGUUGGAAAGCUUAGGUGAUUGGUUUUCCUGUUCGGUUGGUGCGAAUUUCAUACCUCAUAUCAUCAAUGUUAACGCCGGGGAGGAUGUGACGAUGAAGGUUAUAUCGUUCUCUCAACAAGGACCUCGGGCGAUAUGUAUUCUGUCGGCAAAUGGUGUGAUUUCAAGUGUAACGCUUCGACAACCGGAUUCUUCUGGUGGUACUUUGACAUACGAGGGGCGUUUUGAGAUACUUUCUUUAGCUGGUUCGUUUAUGGCAUCGGAGAGUGGAGGGAUACGAAACCGAUCUGGUGGAAUGAGUGUUUCCUUAGCGAGCCCAGACGGUCGUGUUGUUGGAGGUAGUGUUGCCGGGCUACUCGUAGCUGCGAGUCCUGUGCAGAUUGUGGUAGGAAGCUUUUUGACGGGGAACCAGCAUGAACAAAAAACUGCCAAGAAACCAAAAGCGGAGGCCGGACCACCACCUGCCGUUGCAAUUCCGACAUCAGGUGGAGGUGGUGGAAGUGGGGAUACCGAGGAGGAGGAGGAGGAGGCGGCGGCAUACGGGGUGAAAAUGAAGGUGUCAUCAGCAGGAGCAGCAGUGUCGUCGUUUAGAGGAGGAGAUAAUUGGUACAAUAACGAGAAAAAGGCGAGUGAAAUGAAUAUGAGUGGAGCCGUAAACAAAUAAAUAGAUAGUUGGAAAUAAUAGGAGGGUAGGUUGCAUAGGAGCCCAUUUGUGUUUCUUUGGAUGUAAAAUCAGUGGAUGAUUCUAUUGAGUCUUAUUAAUUAUUACAUCACUUGUUCACUUCA